AUGGCGCAAGAGGUUCCAGAAGAAGUCGAAGCUGAGAAAGAGGGAAUUGUCUAUGUCAAACUUCCUGGAGAGGGAAGCAUCGGUACACUUGUUAACGGUGCCGGCCUCGCCAUGAACACCGUCGACGCUCUGACUCUUCACGGCGGCCACUGCGCCAACUUCCUCGACACCGGCGGAAAAGCAACGUCCGAGACGGUAAAGUCAUCAUUCCGAAUCGUCCUCUCCGAUCCUCGCGUGAAAACCAUCUUCGUCAACAUUUUUGGCGGCCUGACUCUCUGCGACAUGAUCGCUAACGGGAUCAUCAUGGCGUUCCGCGAUUUGGAUAUGAAGGUACCUGUUGUUGUUCGCCUGCGCGGUACCAAUGAGGAACUUGGGCAGAAGAUGAUUGCCGACAGCAGGCUCCCGCUACAUGCCUUCGACUCGUUUGAGGAAGCGGCAAGCAAGGUUAUUAGCCUUUCUCGCUAA